AUGAAUGGCGUACGCUUCGAGAAAGAUUCGCACGACCAGACGAAGAGCAGUGGACAUGUGAAUGGCACGAACAAGGAGCUUCCGACGCAUCGCAAGGGUUCGCCUGCCACCAACGGCGCGCCGCGACCAUCGAUACACAGUCGCAAGGACUCGAAUCCUCUCGCUCCACCCUUCAUUGUCUCCGCGCCUGGGAAGACAAUCGUCUAUGGCGAGCACGCGGUCGUGCAUGGCAAAGCCGCCAUAGCUGCUGCCAUAAGCCUGCGUUCUUAUCUGCUCUGCACUACCCUCACGAAAUCUAGUCGGACUGUUUCGCUACAGUUCCCGGACAUAGGAUUGGAUCACACAUGGAGCAUACCCGAACUACCAUGGCAUGCUUUCCGACGAGAGGGCAAGAGAAGGAGGUACUACGAUCUUAUCACAAGCCUCGAUCAGGAGCUGGUAGACGCUAUGGAACCCUUCAUCGAAUGCGUAAGCACAGGACUCAAGGCACAAGUUCGGGAGAGACAUCAACAAGCCGCACGAGCCUUUCUCUACCUCUUCCUCAGCUUAGGCUCCGAGUCAAGUCCGCCCUGCGUCUACGCUCUCCGGUCCACCGUCCCGGUAGGUGUCGGUCUGGGCAGUAGCGGAAGCAUCUGCGUCUGCAUAUCCACCGCCCUCCUACUCCAGUGCCGAGCCCUAUCAGGACCUCACCCAGACCAAAUGAGUAACGAAGCCGACGAGCAGCUGGAACGCAUCAACCGCUGGGCAUUCGUCGGCGAGCUCUUGAUUCAUGGCAAUCCGAGUGGCGUCGAUAAUACUGUGGCGACGCAUGGACAUGCGGUUCUGUUCCAGCGGACGGAUUAUGCUAAGCCGCCACAAGUACAAGUCCUGAAAGACUUCCCCGAAUUGCCGCUGUUGCUUGUAGAUACUUGUCAAGCUAAAUCUACGGCGGCGGAAGUGGCGAAGGUCGGGCAUUUGAAGACGGCGCAUCCGGAGGUCACGGGAUGUAUCUUCAAUGCUAUCGACUCGAUCACGCGCUCUGCACAUGAUAUAGUCACCAGCGAAGACCCUGGCUCCGUCGAGAGCAUUACGCACCUGGGCGAGCUCAUGACGCUGAAUCACGGUCUCCUUACUAGCCUGGGGGUUUCCCAUCCUCGACUGGAACGCCUGAGAUACCUAGUCGACCAAUCGAAGGUUGGCUGGACGAAACUCACGGGUGCUGGUGGAGGUGGGUGUGCGAUCACUUUACUCAAGCCAGAUGCUACUACCUCACCGUCACAGACCAAUUAUGAUGGCAAUGGGCCAUCGAAUGGACAUAGCACAGCACUAGAACAACUGGAACAGCAACUCGAGGAAGAAGGUUUUGUGAAGUACGAGACCACGCUCGGAGGUGAUGGCGUUGGUGUGCUCUACCCAGCCGUCAUCAAUGGCGAAGAGAUUGACCAGGAUAUCUUUCUUGGCGUGGAAAGUAGAGAGGAAGUCGAGGAAUUGAGUAAAGAUAAGUAUCUGCUGGUCCUUCAUGCCGACGCUCUGCGUUUUCCCAUCAUCCUUUCGCCUCAGCUUGUCUUCCCCAGUCAUCUCCCUCUCAUCAUGGCAGCAGACAAGAAAUCAAACAUGUCCACCUCCAAGAAACCCUGGCGCAAGACGCCCUUGACUGAGUCGACCAAUCUCUCCAAGGCAGCAGGAUGCAGAAUUUUCCUCAAACACGAGCACCUCCAGCCCUCCGGCUCCUUCAAAUCCCGCGGCGUGGGAAACCAUCUCCUCUGUGCCCUCCGCCGCGCCUCCCACCCUGACCGCGUGCACUUCUUCUGCUCCAGCGGAGGGAACGCUGGUUUAGCAUGUGUCCAUGCCGCCAACACUCUUGGACGACCAGCAACGGUAGUAGUCCCGUUGAGCACGAAGGCCAUGAUGGUUGCGAAGAUCAAGGCGGCGGGCGCGAGGGAGGUGGUGCAGUAUGGUGCAACGUGGAAGGAAGCAGAUGGGUAUCUGAGGGAUGUGGUUCUUAGGUCUGCCGAGGAGCGAGGGGAGGAGGGAGUCUACGUUCCUCCAUUUGAUCAUGAAGACGUUUGGGCGGGCAAUGAGAGUUUGAUCGAGGAGGUCGGAGAGCAGCUGGCGGAGUUGGGCGAGGGCGAACCCGCCAUAUUGAUCUGCAGUGUAGGUGGGGGUGGACUGUUCAAUGGAGUUGUGCAGGGAAUUGAGAAGAUGGGUUGGGACAGGACGACUGUUUUGGCUCUCGAGACUCGGGGUGCACAUUCUCUUCACGAAUCGCUGGAGCAAGGAGAACUGGUUACACUUCCAGGUAUCACAUCACAGGCGACGAGUCUAGGAGCAACGAGGGUCAGUGAGAGGACUUUCGAGCUGGCGGGCAAACACUCUGCUACUGGACAGGUGAAGAGUGUCGUCCUGACCGAUGCAGAAGCGGCGAUGGGCUGCUGGCGAUAUGCAGACGAUGAGCGCACUCUGGUAGAACUUGCUUGCGGAGUCAACCUUGCUCUAUGCUAUGGUGGCAGAUUGGAGAGAGCACUAGGGCGACCUGUGAAGAAGACCGACAAGGUCGUGAUUGUGGUCUGUGGAGGGCAGAAUGUGACCACCAGCAUGGUCGAGAGCUGGAAACAGGAAUUUGGUGAUCUUGAUCAGAAGGCUGGAAUCAAUGGACACAAGACGAACGACGUGCCAAGUGUAGUGACUGCGCCGAAUGGUGCUUAG